GAGCAGACGCGACGGAUGGCGCGUUUGAAAAAAAAACCGAGGCUCCGUGAUUGGCUGCCCCUGGGGCGCCGGUCGUCGCUCAUUGGUCGGCCGGGAGGGCGCUGUCCCGCUCUCCCGACUUUUCGGAAACUCGGCGAACUCCCGGACUUGGCGCACAGUUGUGAGAGAAGCGGGAGCCUGGACUGUCAGCCCAUCGCAGGAGCGACUUUGGACGACCACCUCCCAAGUUUGCGGAGUCUCAAGAGCAUCCAGAAGGACCACUCGAGGUCACCUCUCCUCCAGUCAAGUGCCAUGGAGUCCAAAGACAAGAGCUCCAGGUCCGGCUCUCGCGCCAACCUGAACGAGUCCACCCUGCCGCUCCUGGACGACGUGGCCGACACCAAGGGCGAGGACCUCCGCAAGGAGAAGAUCGAGCUGGAGACCAAGGUGGGCGGCGCGGACUCUGGGUCCAAGGGCGAAGAUUCGAACGCGGCAACGGCCGAGCCCGGCUCGGACACCGGCAAGGACGUCGCAGAGUCCGACAAGGAGGACAAGAAGGGCUCCAAGAAGAAGGCCAAGAAGGAGAAAAAGGAGAAGAAAGUCCACAAGAGGUCGCCGUCUUGCGUCGAGACGCUCACCAUCGGGCUCAACCUCCUCGAUCGGGACGAGAAGCACGUCAAUGACCACGUGAACCUGGUGUUCGAGGACGUGCUGGCGGAGCCCGACGCGAGCCACGGCUUCGACGGCGCCUGGAAGCUGACGUACCUGGUUUUCUCGACCACGCGGCUCUGGUGCUACCGGCUGCUGUCGGCGCUGCUGGCCCUGCCGUGCGGCUUCACCUGGGGGCUGCUCUUCUCCAUCCUCUCGCUGCUCCACGUCUGGCUCUUCACGCCCCUGCUCCGCAUCUUCGACGUGCUCCUGCACGUGCUCCACAGGGUGUGGGGAGGCCUGGUUCGGACCCUGCUGGACCCGGUGUUCCAGUCCAUCGGGAGAGUUGCCGGCGAUGUCCGCGUCACCCGGACCCAAGUCUACCCCAAGAACGACUUUGCCAGCGACCCCUGAGGGUUCCCGCCUCGGCGAGAGAGGGGCACCCCGACCAUCUCUCUCCCGCUGCCUUCCCAUUCUUCCUCGAGGUGCGCCGACGUUAUUUCGGCCUUGUAUUACUUCUGCGUUGGGAUGCUACUGCCACGGCCGCCGUAUCACACUCUUCCAAGUCCAGCAGCUCUAAGCAGGGCUCUGUUUGGAUUUUUACUUUGUACCGAAGAGAGUAUCUUCUUUUUAAGUCGUAUGGUUUGCAGAGACAUAUGUGCAUAUAUACUUCAGCAUCUAUUAUUAUUAUUAUUAUUAUGAUUAUGAUUAUUCACGUUUCAAAUUAGUUCAAGAGAUGCAGCGCCAAAAUAGUUAAGAUCAUGCGUUCUUGUUUUUUUUUUUAUUUUCAUUCUUGUUAUUAAUAUUUUUUUAUUUUCAUUCUUGCAUAAAGUUUGGCAGCUUUUAGUGUUUUUUUUACGUUUUGCUUUAUGUAUUUUGCGAGUGGUUUUAAAACAAACUGUCGCUAUGGAGGUUGUUUCCGAUAGCCACCGACUUGUCACUGCCCGCUAAAGACCAAUGAAAACAGCUAUUUCUGCUCAAAAGUUGAGGAGAUACCACUGAAACAGAUCAAAACGCCUGUGCCUUAUCUUCGAGAAUAUGAUUGACGAAAAUAAUUACAUAUUUUAAUAGUUUUAACUGUUUCGCUAUAGCCCUCAUAUGUGUUGUACGUGUGUCUAUGUAAUAUUGUGUGCUCUUUGCGAAGUUGUAUUAACAUCAUGCUCAUUUUUGUUUUGUAUUCACUCGUAAACCGAGUGUCUCGUUUUUGUACAACUCUUUACUCGAUCCGCUCAUUGCCAGUUAAUAUUUGGCGGAACAUUUUCGGUCGAUAUGUGCAUCUGUGUGAACACUCAAUGAUACUCGUCUCACCUCCGAAGGAAAAGACAUCAGUUGGAGCAGUGUGUCCUCUGUUGACGUGGGUCCGCCCGCGCAACAUUGGGAGCAGCUCGUUCUAAAGCUGCCUUUUGUAACCAUGCUUUGAUGUGCAAAGUAUUAAAAUCAUUUUUAUCCAG